AUGGGCCUCCAUCCCCCCACCCCGCCAUUUGUGCCACACUAUCACCAUCGCAGCACCACUCACGCGCCUCCACGUCCCAAGGCAUCUCCCUCCGCGGCGGCGGCGGCGGCAGCGCUCCUGGCGGCCGAGGGCGGCUCCGCCCCGCUGCAGCUGGCUGCGCUGGGCGACGCGGGCCCCGAGCGCGAGAUCGAGGGCCAGUACGAGGACAAGCGCGCCUGGAAGAACCUCGGCAGCGCCUGGGGCAAGCGCGGCGACUGGGCUAGCUUCAGAGGCAUUCACAUACCUAUUCUGCCAUUGGCGGCGGCGGAGGCGGAGGAGGCGGAGGCGGUGGAGGUGGUGGAGGCGGUGGAGGCGCGCAGUGAGAGGGCGUCGGCGUGGCGGCUGUUGCAGGGUCGUGGGGCAAGCGAGACCCUGGCUGGAACAACCUGA